ACCUGUUCAUUCUUCUCGCAUAAAUAGAAGCGAAGAUUAGGAUUGCAACGUUAGUGCUGAAGAACCAAUCACCAUGAACUUAAUUACCAAGUGUAUGUUAUUUUGGGCGCUGCUUGGAGCAGCUGCUGCUGCGGCGGUGCCCCUUCUACCCCGGGAGGGUGAGCGCAGUGGCUGGCACUUGAUUCCCGACGACGACAACGGCACUCUGCACUGGGUCGACCUGAGCGCUAAGCCUGAGUCCUUUUCUUACGCGGAAUCCGACGUCACCUUCCAGCUGUACACCAGGGCGAACACGGUCAGACCGACGACCAUCAAGAUCGGCGAUGCCUCGACCCUCGGCCACUUCAGUGCCAGCCGCAAGACCGAGCUGGUGAUCCAUGGAUGGCUCUCCAACGGAAACACCAUGUCCGUCGUUACUAAUGCGUACCUGAGCUCCGGCCUGGACCUGAACGUGAUCGUGGUGGACUGGCGGCGCCUCGCCAGCCUCACGUACCCGACCUCGGCCGCCGCCACGAAGCAGGUGGGCGAGACCGUCGCGCGGCUCGUCGACUUCCUGGUGAGGCGAGGCCUCAAGCCCGCCGACGUCAACAUCGUGGGCUUCAGCCUGGGCGCCCACGUGGCAGGCGUGGCCGGCCAGCGCUGCCAGAGUCGCCCCGGCCGAGUCACCGGACUGGACCCGGCGGGCCCGCUGUGGACGCUGGUGCCCAGGAAGGACCGCCUGGACCAGGCCUCCGGCGCGCACGUGCAGGCCAUCCACACCAACGGCGGCGGCCUGGGCUACGGCAGCAACCUGGGCCACGCGGACUUCUACCCCAACGGCGGCGCCACGCAGGGCGGCUGCACCCUCGAUGUCUCCGGGCUGUGCAGCCACAACCGAGCCAACCAGCUGUACGCCGAGUCCAUCACGAGCAACAGGUUCCGCGCCAGGCAGUGCGCGACCUGGCUGCUCUUCAGGAACGGGAUGUGCGCCGGCAACGCUGUCGCGGUCAUGGGCUACAGCAUCCCCCUGACGACCAAAGGUGUGUAUUUCCUGCAGACCAACUCGCGAUCACCAUUCGCAAGGGGUUGAUAUGUAGAAACGUAUCAAUAAAUCAAAACAACUCAUCA